UUUUUUUUUUCAAGUGCAUUAUAUAUCCUAUAUUAUUAUACGUGAAUAUAUAACAUAUAUAUAAUAUAUUUUAUAUAUUUAUAUAUAUAUAUAUAUAAAGAUAUCUUCUUUAUUCAGUUAUAGCUAUUAUAUAAAUGUCAAUUUUGCCAAGAAGAAGAGAUCAUGAUUCUGAAGAUGACAAAUCGGAAAUUUCUUACAGCAACUCAUCUGCAUCUGAUGUAAACAAUUCUUAUAGCGAUUAUUCUGAUGAUAAUUUAAGUGAAUAUACAGUAGAUUAUGAUUCUGAGUAUGACUCUUAUUACACAACUGAAGAGGAAUCCUCUGAUGCUGCUGCUGCUGCUGAUGACGGUCAUGAAAAUAAAAACAACAAGGAUGACAAUCACGAAGCAAAAGAAGUGACUGAUGAUGCUUUGAAAUCUAAAAAUAAUCAAAAAACAACAAAGGAUAAUAAUAGCAGUAGCUCUCAAACAACACAACCUAAUCAUACUAUUGAAAAGGAGCAAAUAAUAGAAUAUGAGUAUGAUGAAGACAUUCAAGACUUGAAGGAAAAACGUAUACAAGAACACCGGGAAUAUCGUAGAAAAUUAGCAGAGGAUCCUAGCUUUGUACCUUAUUUAGGAUUGUUUUGGAGUCAUGAUGAUAGAUACCGUGAAGAUACCUUGAUCCACCAUGAUAAAUGCCCACCAGGUGAAAACUCAUCCACCAAGAAACCUUUUUUCAGUAAAAAUAAGACACAUAAAACCUCAUUGCAAAAGGAGCAUGAUUUAGACCCUUUGAUGCACAAAAAAUGGGACCAUAGCGGUUGGGAGGAAUUGCUUCGGUUAGAAGAGGAGGACGAACGAAGAAAACGUGAACGAUCUAAUAAGGUUGAUGACAAUAAAUCCUAUCGUAAUAAUAAAGGAAAUCGUACUAGGCAGUGGUUUCAUCAUAACAAUCAUGGUCAGCAACGAUGGAAGGAAUCAGCCACAGUAAAGAAAGAUUCUAAAUUUAACCAUACACCUUCUUCCUCUUCUCGUAUCCAAUCUUGUGAAUACGCAACCAGUUCUUGGGGGAAAUCAAUUGAUGAAGGGAUUGAAUUAGCUUGGAUGUCAUCUGUUUCUUCAGAAAACAAAAACCAUGAUCCACAGUCUAUUUCUGAUGCCAAUGUGAAAGUGAUAGAUAAUAAUAAUAAUAAUAAUUCUACUCAUACUAUAGACAGCACUAUUGAUUCGGUGACUACACCAAAUGACGACUGGGAAGAGCCUGUUUUGGAGAAAAAAGAAGAUAGCGGCUGGGGAGAGCCUCCGAAUACUGCUAAUGAAGCCAUAGAUGGCUGGGGAGAGCCUCCUAGUACUGUUGAUAAAGCCAUAGAUGGCUGGGGAGUGGCUGAAGCUAGUUCUAAUGAUUGGAAUGAAACUCCACAGGAAACAGAUGACCGGGGAUCAAAAACACAUAGCAAUUCAAAUCAAGGAUGGAAUACUUCUGUUGCUAUUGAGACGAAUUAUACUGACAAUAUCAAUGACGAUUGGGAUUCUUGUAAGCAACAAUUUGUCAAGGAAAUGAGUGAAGAUCAUAUAUCUAAUGAGAAAAAGAAAUCCCCUUCAUGGCCCAAUACUAAAUCCAGAUCAUAUAAAAAUAAUAAUACUUGGAACAAGAGCAAUAGUUCUUAUAAUAAGAAUAGUCAUUAUAAUGAAAACAACAAGAAUGGUCCAAAAAAUCAUAAAUCUGCUUAUAAAAAUUCUUCACGAGGCUAUUACUCAAGUAAAAAUAAAGAUUAUAAUAAUAAAAAUCAAAAUUGGGGCAAUUCACCAAAAGCAGAUGAUAAUACAUGGAAUGAGACAAGCGAUCAAUAUUGGGAUGAAAAACAUAUUGUUGAGUCUGCCACUAGAGAUGAUGAUGGCUGGGGUACUCCUUCUGUAAAUACUGAGAGUUGGCCAGAAUCAUCUGUAAAACCUGUUACCACGCUAUAUAAUGAUAAGAAUACGACUAUCGUAAAGACAGAUGAAAAUGUGAAUGGAUGGGGUAAUCCUGUCAAUACUGAUACUAUAACAGAAUCUCAGGGCUGGGAAAAUAAAGCCUCAACUACCUCUGAAUCAACUAGCUGGAAUCAAUUUAAUAAAAACGAAUGGCAUGAAGUCAAGAAUGAUACAACGACUGAUGAAUACAAGUCAAAUUGGGAAACGCUUAAUACUGCUGUGAACCCUGAAAACUCAGAAUGGAAUGAUAAAGAUAACCAAGAACAACUUACAUCAUCUACUUGGAAGCAUAACAAAAACAUCAAACGGACAUCGCAUGAAAAUGAUUGGGAUACAACCUCUAUUACACCACAAAAUGGAUCUAAUAGUCAUUUUUCAACUAUAAAAGAACAGGAGUAUCCUAUUAAAAAGGGACGUGGUUACUUAUCCCAAAGAGCAGAAACCUUUUCCAACCCUUCAGCUUCAAAUAAUAAUACUCCUCUUAGUCCCAUUUCUGAUGAUGAUAAAGGACAAAGAUUAGAACAACAAACAACGGAAGUGCCAUACUCUUCUUCUGAAAAGGCCUCACCUUUGAUUGCAAAUAGCAAAGAUUAUCAAAAAGAAUCCUCUUUAUGGAUCUCUUCUGAUAGAGAUGAUGAUUCGGAUGUAGAGAUUAUUUUAGAAGCUCAAGAUGAACCAGACUGGGCUAGAAAUAAUGAGCAAAUCCUUGGUAUGACAGGACCAGAUAGUAUUCCACCUCAAUUUGAAAAAUCAGAAAUAAUACGCCAUCAUGAGGCAACAGCAGCACCUUCCAAGUCCUCUCCAACUACUAAAUCUGGGCUUUCUCCUAACGCAAAAGAAUAUAUACAUCAUUCACCUAUAUUAAGUACACAUAUAAACAAUAAGAAUGUAUCCUCUCAGAAUAAAUCCUAUAAUGACAAUUCUUAUAACUCUGAAUACCCUAAUCGAUACAACAAAUAUCACAAUAAUGAAAGUAAACGUGCUGAUAAAGCUGAAAAUUGGAGACAACGAAAAGAAGAGCCUAGAAAACAACAGCAACAACCAUUUUAUCCUAAUUUUUAUCCUCCCUAUCCAUAUAAUGGUGCAGCCAAUGUAUAUAUGCCUAUGAUUCCCAAUAGCAAUGGCAAUGUAUAUGCCGUGCCUUACCCUAUAGGUUAUCGUAAUAACGAAACAUCUGCUCCUCAUGAUAAAUAUUAUUUACCUGCAGCAAAUGGUAUUUCAUUACCACCUGGCUAUGAAGCAAACGGCAUGAUAUAUUAUGGAAUAGAUACAUCUACUAUGUAUCCAUCUUCUUCUGCACCUUUUUACUAUUACCCCAUGCCCGUAAUACCUCAGAGCCAAUAUCAUAAGGAAGGAAAAGAUAAUUAUGAUAACGAUGAAAAAUUAAAUAACAGCUGUUCUAAUAGUGAUGAAAAAGAGGAAUGUUAAUUAAUGUAGAAAAAAAAAAGUAUUAUAUAGAUACAUAUAUGUAUAUGUAUAUAAUGUAUACACAUAUAAAAUUAUAAAUUUAUUAAAUAAACAUUAUUUUUUCUUAAAUCUCCUUGUUGUAUCCUUUUCUCUGUCUACUUUUGCAGCUAAUUUACCAAAUACGAUAUAAGCUAGUCCAAUACUACACAAUAUAAGCCAGAAUAAAGGUGUUCUA